CCGGCCCCUUCCCCGGCCCCGCCAUGUACCCCGUGUUCCAAAGCACCAGCCGCGACUUCGCCUUCGGGCCCUGGAGACUCAACGCCGCACGGACCCACAUCAUGAAAUCGGCCCAGGCCGAGAGACUAGCUGAUGAAUUGCACAUGCCUUCGCUCCCAGAAAUGAUGUUUGGAGACAACAUCCUAAGAAUUCAGCAUGAUUAUGGCUUUGGAAUUGAGUUCAAUGCAACAGAUGCUUUAAAAUGUGUAAAUAACUAUCAAGGUAUGAUUAAAGUGGCCUGUGCAGAGGAAUGGCAAGAGAGCAGGACUGAGGCUGAACACACGAAAGAAAUCGUUAAACCAUAUGAUUGGACCUAUACGACAGACUACAAAGGAACACUAUUAGGAGAUACUGUAAAGUUAAAAGUUGUUCCUACAACUGAUCACAUCGAUACAGAGAAAUUGAAAGCCCGGGAACAGAUUAUGUUUUUUGAAGAAGUUCUGCUGUUUGAAGAUGAGCUUCAUGAUCAUGGCGUUUCAAGCCUGAGUGUAAAAAUAAGAGUAAUGCCUUCCAGCUUCUUUGUGUUGUUGAGGUUUUUCUUGCGAGUUGAUGGUGUACUUAUCAGGAUGAAUGAUACAAGACUUUACCAUGAGGCUGACAAGCCCUACAUGUUACGGGAAUACACAUCUAAAGAAAGCAAAAUUUCAAGCUUAACGCAUGUUCCACCCUCCCUGUUCACGGAGCCUAAUGAGAUCGCUCAGUAUUUACCUGUAAAGGAGACUGUUUGUGAGAAGCUAGAAUUCCCAGAGAAGUUGGAUCCUGAGCCUACAGCCUCAUCAGAAAGCACAUGCAUGGAAUCUAAAUAAAUGUGACUUUAUGUGGACUUGAAAUGGGCCCUCUUCUGAAGAUCAUAUGAUCACUUGACCAUUACCACUGGGGUAGUUUCACUAUUUAUGGGCUAAAGAUCAUUUGUUUGGCUAAUUUUUCUGUAGCCUUAAGGGGGCAAAAAGCUCAUUUCAGAAAGGUUUCACUAAUGUAUAUAUUGUCCUUUUUUUAAUUAUUAUUAUUUCAAACCUGUGUUUGGAAUUAAUGAUAGACUGGUAACAAACAGGAGAAUUGCCUUGGAGAAUAAAUCUCUCCCAUGAAUAGCUGUUUUUGUUCUGUUUUGAGCAUUUGGCAGCUAUAUUGCCUAAACCGUCAACCCACUAGCACCCUGGAUCAAGAAUUUUGGCUCUUGGUACCUAGAAGCUAGUGUAAUCCACAAAACUGAGCAGUUUUUAACAACUCUAUGUAGAAUUCUUCUACAAUAAAAGGUUUUGUUCCCUGUAA